GUUCUGAUCGUCCUCCAUAAACCCUCCUUACUUGCUGUGUAGAAGAAAGCUAUCAGAUUUAGUUAGUUCUCUCGAUUGCUGUAGCUUUCACUCUCAAUAACCCUCUGUUGCAAUGGCAAAGCGCUUGAUUCCUUGUCUUAACCGUAUUUUGGUUGAGAAAAUUGUUCCUCCGUCAAAAACCUCUGCUGGAAUCUUACUUCCAGAGAAAACUAGCAAACUGAACUCUGGAAAAAUUGUUGCUGUUGGUCCUGGAGCUCGUGAUAGGGAUGGUAAACUCAUCCCAGUAAGCUUGAAGGAAGGAGACACUGUUCUCUUACCAGAAUAUGGAGGAACCGAAGUGAAGCUCGACAAGAAAGAGUAUCAUUUAUACAGAGAUGAGGACAUACUGGGAACACUGCAUGAGUGAUAUAGUUAUGUUUUUACAAUGUGUCAAAGCAUUUUACCACCAGGGUAAGAAAAGUCGAGAAUGUUUUUCUUUCAUGAUGAGAGUUUGAGGGGUUCAGAAAAGACUAGUCGCUUUUUAGUUGCAUCUGGAAUUAUUGUUGGCAUGAAACUUAUUCAGAUAACAUUAAGAAUACCUAAAAUUAUUGCUCCAUAACUAAUCCUAUCUCUGAUUGUUGGUCAA